AUGACUCAAAACUGGGAGCUCUAUCCUAGUCGUCUUGGUUGUCUUACUUGCCGACAAUCAAUUUUCCCACCAACUGUGACCGACUCUGUCCGACAAAUAAAGUGCUUGGGUAGCUAUUCUUCCGGGGUUGAGUACCAGAGCAUCUUUUAUGCGGAGGCCCCAUCGGGUAAGCGCCGCUUCGUACCACCCUUCCCAGUCAAGCCUGCGAAGGGAUCGGUUAUUGAUGCCAGCCACUCUGGCGCCUGCCGGGUUGUAAACAUCAGCGAGGAUUGCCUGAGCUUGAGGGUUGCUCGCCCGGCCAGUAUCAGGAAUGAUGCCAAAUUACCGGUAGUAGUAUGGAUUCAUGGAGAUAUAAUCUUGUACAAUCCAGACGGUUUGGUGCAGCAAUCUGUUGCAGACGGUCAGCCAUUGAUAUUCUUUGGUUUUGCGUCAAGCAAGGCAAUGGUUGAAACCAAACAGACAAGUGCUGGUCUUUGGGUUGGCGAUAAUAUAGAGGAUUUCGGUGGCGACCCCCACAGAGACAAUAGAAUAUCAAUUUUGCGCGAAGUUGGAGUUGUUAGAAUGAUGUCGGGUGGACAAGGCUUGAACUUCAAUACUAUGCUAGACCUGGUGGCAUAUAUCUCAGCGAUUAUCCCAAAGCAAGUUGGGUGUGCUACAGAAGAUGAUGCACAGUCUCUAGGGAUCCUGGAAUGUUUACGGGAGGUACCAUUUCAUGUCUUGACGAACCUUUCAUUUACGGCUUCCCGGGAAGCUCGCCCACCGUUUGGAGAGGGCUUCUUCUCCCCGACAUUUGAUGUCAAUUUCAUCCAUGGCCGGCCUUCCCAACUCUUGCGCGCUGUGAAAUUUGUGAAAGGGACUCCAGUGAUUGCUUCCUGGAUGACAAAUGAUGGCGCCUGGUAUGUAACUCCAACGACUUCCACAGACCAGGAAGUACUGGACAGCUUCGGACUGUGGCUGUUUGGUCUUUCUAAUUCCACAAAGAAGAAGCUCCUACAGCUAUACCCAGUUGAAGGUUUAGAGCGUCUUAUGAACAAGGAUAUAUGGUUCACCUGUCCGGUGCUUGACUUCGCAUGGCAAUACGUUAAGAACGAGGGCGCAGAUCCAUCACAAAUGAUGGGCGUUCCAAUGUGGCGUGUUGCGCAUCUUAGCGAUAUGCCGUAUCUGUUGAAUGACUUGGUGAAGGAUUUCCUGGAAAAGCUUUCACUGCAAAUUUUUGGUAGCCCGUAUGGUACAGUACCAGUGACUGUUGCUGCAGGCCUUCAAAAUAACGCCCCAGCUGCUGUUGAGGAGGCAGUGUAUUGGGAGAAACUCUUCGAUCGGACAGAAGCGGGGGCCUAA